UAUCCAUCCACCAAACCCCGAGAUUGUUGCAGGACGGAUCAGGGAUCGAUUGAUACUAUCUAGAACUAGAGAUAGUAUCAUAAACCAAGACUACGCCACAAACAACAACAGAUAAUGUAUCAUUCGUCGUCAUCGAUGAUAUUUUACUACGUUACCCAAACAGAAGCUGCGAUUCAAGGUCAAACCAGUCGUGGGUCCCACAGGUCUGGGUUGACUCAGGACUUGGGGGGGUUCGCCCCUCCACAGAACCAUGGGACCCAUAGGCCACGGGAGAUGUACGGUAGAUUAAAUUAUACGGAAAUAUUGUUUGCUUUUUUUCCCCCUUUGUUCGGUUCACGUUUCCCACCUACUCCGUGUUAUAACCGCUGAGCCGUGGCCAGUUAGUUGUUCAUGAGAUAUCCUUGAUGAACCCAGUGGCGACCCUUGGAUGUCACAAGUCACUCAGAUUAAG